AUGUGGUCCAGAUGGCGAGGCUGCCGUGGCCUUGCUAAGGCAGCGCAGCAUAGCGUGCAGCUGCCCGAGUGCAUGCGCCAGCGUGAGGACACCACGGAGUGCAGCUUGGACUUGCACUUUGGCCUGGCCGGAGACACUCAGGCGCUGAAGCGGUCCGGGAAGCUGCGCGGUGCGGACCUUGCCCAAGAAGUGGCGAUGCGGCCUAACAUGGUGCGGCCGGGCACAACCUUUUCCCUGGUCCUGGACACUGAUUCCGGGCCGUCAGAGCUGGAGCCGCAACAAACGCUCUGGCAGCAAGGCUGCGGCGCCGGCGGGACCCAGGCCACGAUUUGGGCCGUGCGGAAGCCCAUUCUCGCGGCGGAGGCCUGGCGAGCUUUCAGCUCAGGGCGCGUGGCGACCCUGGGUCUAUCCACACUGCACUUUGGCGAGGACUGCGACUUCGAACCCUGUAGUCUACAGCUGCCGUCUACUUUGGAGCAACUGACAUGCCCUGGGCCGGUCUGGAACAUGUCGCAGCUCCAGAACCUGAGGAGUUUGACCUUGGACGCCAACCACAGCUUGAAGGAUUUCACGUGGCCUCGGCAGCUUGAGAUGCUGACUUUAGGCCCCAAGUACAACCAGGACCUGCGAGGUGCCGCCCUUCCCGAAAGUCUGAUGUGCCUUUUCAUAGGCGACGGCUUCAACCAGACCUUGGACGGCAUCCGCUUCCCAGCAAGACUCAAAGAGCUGUCGGUGGGGCGCCGCUUUAAUCAGACCCUGGACAGGGUGGAGCUGCCCGACGGCCUCGAGGUCUUGCACCUCGGCUACGACUUUGACCAGGACUUGUCCAGGGCAAUGCUUCCUCGUUUCCUCAAGGCGCUUUGGCUGGGCGGUCGCUUCAACCGAAGCUUGGACCAGGUGGACCUGCCGCCAGAGCUGCAGGAGUUGGUUCUGGGCCACCGCUUCAACCGCAGCCUGGAGAACGCCCAGCUGCCUCCGACUCUGAAGAAGCUGGGGUUCGGGAACCUCUACGGAGAGCGUUUGGAGAAGCUGAGUCUGGCCCCGGGUGUCUUGCAGAUCUUGGUCUGCGGCACGGGACCCAGCCAGCAGUUCGUGCCAGGGAAGCCUCUCCUGCCUUGCUGCACCGCCCUCAUCGAAGUGCAUCUCGGAGAUGCCACAAACAACAACCUGCAGGGUGUGGAGUGGCCGCCUGGACUCCUGCACCUUGAUCUGGGCGACUGCUACAAUCGCGAGCUGUUUGAUGUGGAGCUUCCCACCACCCUUCGCACCUUGACGUUUGGCAAGAAGUUCAACCAGCCCUUCGCUAGCCUGGGAGCUGCUGUGCACUUCCCAGAGAACCUUCGGCGACUGGUGCUGGGCAGUUACUUCAAUCAACGGCUACAGGGUGUGCAGUGGCCCCAGGGCCUCCAAGAGCUCGUCCUAGGAGACUGUUUCGACCAGCGCUUGAACGGCGUGCAGCUGCCUGCUGGAUUAGAGAUCCUCACCUUUGGCACGGACUUCGACCACAGCCUGGACACGCUGACCUUGCCGGCCGGCCUCAAGAAGCUAACGCUUGGCUUUGCCUUCAACCAGCCGUUGCAGAACGUCGUGUGGCCUCCGGGUUUGAAGCACUUGAAGCUGGGUGACUGUUUCAACCAGAGCUUACGAGACCUUCACCUACCUGCCCUGGAGACCCUCAGCCUUGGCGAAGACUUUGCCCAGAGCCUGGCUGAGGUGAACUUCUCGCACAAUCUUCCAAGCCUGCGGGAACUCCGCCUUGGUUCCCGCUUCCAGCAGCUCUUGGAGGGCAACGCCAAGCUACCUGAGGGUCUUUGCUGCUUGGCAGCCGGUGAUCAGGAGAUCAGCUGGCUGAGUGAGGCCGAUGCCCCUCGACCAUGA